AAAUUCGAACCCACAGCAUCCCACUGUGAAUUUGAAGGAGAAGUAAGCAAGAAUAUCGUGUGUGUCCUGAAAGCUCUUCAAGAUGUUCCCAGCUGGUGGAUCAUUUCGAGGCUCUAGAGGAGCGUGCCUUGCACACAUCCUCAUGAAGAAUUUGCCUGCAAGUUCAGGACUGACAAAAUCACACGACCCUCCGGCUACCUCGACCGGUUCUGGCAGAGAUGUCAACCACAAUGUGACAUGGAAAGCAAAAAAUUGUUUUGAUGACAAGUCGAAAAUAUCGCCCAAAACACUGAUUGACAGAUACAGGGACGGGGAAACAAACGCUAUUUCUCUGAUCCAUCAACUCGCCCAGACUUUACAGUUUCAUCUGGAAAUAAAGGAGACCACAGGUAACCUACCAGGAUUUUAUUUUGCCUUUUGUGUGGUGAUCGACGGCGUCGAGUACAAGACUGGCAUGGGGAUCACCAAAAAGGAAGCUCGACUCAAAGCGGCGGUCCUCGCCCUGGAGGACUUCCUGCCCACCUUGGAAAGUCAAAGUUCUGUCCUCCCUGAGGCAUCAGGUGUCCCUCCACCGCUGCCCGUUAAAGAGGAGCCCUCUGUGUCUGACUCUCUUCAUUGUCGGGCUGUUCACGAAAGGAAGAACUCUGUGAACCAGCAGAUCCCGCAGGCUGUCCGCGAUCAACUCACUAAACUGAUGAACAGCCACCCGGAGUUUUCUACCUGCGCUGGAACCACAGCAGCUUUCAUCAUUCAGACCUCCAGCGGAUGUGAGGUGGUCGCUUUCGGCACCGGGAACUUCAAUACCAAAGAGAGUGCUUCUUCCUGCGGACGCAUAGUGCACGAUUCACAUGCUGUGGUUACUGCAAGGAGAUCACUUAUGAGGUUUCUGUACCGGCACCUGCUGAUGUUCUUCAGCAAAACGGCCAAUCUGACACAGAAGUCGUUGUUCCAGCAGAGCAGCAUCAGCGGCCUCCUGAGCCUUAGAAACGGCAUCACCCUCCACCUCUAUGUGAACCAGCUGCCUAAAGGUGCCGCUGUCCCCUCACAGCUGCGACUGAACCCGCUCUCCAUUUCAGCAUGGCAAGUCAACAACGAGAUCAGCCUCCACCUGUCAGUGGAGGGCAAGGUGUUCUCGGUUUUCUCGUCGGCCUUCGACCCAGCGGCUCCCAAGGUGGUCAGCAUGUCUGCCACGGACAAGCUCACCCAGUGGCAGGUGCUCGGGUACCAGGGAGCCCUGCUCAGCCACUUUAUCGAGCCCGUCUAUGUUGAAAGCAUCCUCAUAGGUGACAGUGGCUGCAGUGAUAUUCGCGGUAUGGAGAUCUCAGUGAACCAGCGUGUGGAGGGCAUCACCCCCCAGCUGCCCAUGUUCUACUGCAUGAUGAGGCCACAAAUCAGCCUGGUGCCUUCUGUGGCUACAAACAGCCCCCACAGCAGCCAGUUGACCUACGGCAUCAACUGGAGCGAGGGAGACAGCUCGCUGGAGGUGGUGGACGGCCUGGAGGGCAAAACAGUGGAGGAAUCUCCCUUUAAGAGCGGCUCUGCGCUGGCGAGCCGCCUGUGCAAAGCGGCGAUGCUGCACCGCUUCAAGUUGGUGGCCAAAGAGGCGCAGAGGCAGGACCUGCUGGCCACAGGCUCCUACAGAGAAGCCAAGAAGAUGGCCAAGCCUUACCAGGAGGCCAAGAACGUUUUGCGAGCGUACCUGUUGCAGCAGGGCUUUGGUUCCUGGCUGGCCAAGCUGUCGGUUAGUGAAAACUUCAGCAUGUAAAUAAUAAUCAUUUUGGAGAGAGAAAAAAAAGUUUCUGAGAGGCACUUGUUUGUUUGUUUUUAAGUUUGUUGUGUUUUCUUAAGGGAUUACCUCAAUCCCUGUUCAUGUUUAAAGAGUGGUUUUUGGGUUUGUGAACUUUAGUGUGGUCUGAUUUUCAAAAGAUAAAUACAAAUACUCUUAAUAUCUAUAAAAAAUAUAUAUAUUUAUUAAGUACACAACUGGUUUUGUUGCCCAUUACGUCUCUCUUGUCCCCUCAGCUGACAGAUUUAUUUAUAUACAGUACUCUGCUAUAUGUGUAGACUUAGUGUGUGAUGUAGAUGACCAUGUAGUGUGUGUGGUCAUAUCUUUGGUAUCAUGCUUACACCUUAUAUUGCUGUGGGCUCUAAAGUUUGACAAGUUGGUUUUGUUCUAACUGUUCUUCCAUGGACUUGAGUUUUGGUCCCAUCACAGUUACUGUUUUUGUUUCUUUUGUGCAUGUGCAUGUCCAUCCUGGUCGAUAUAUUAUACAGUAAUUUGAUUGUGAAGUGCAUGCUAUUCUUCAUAAUCCACGACCAAGGCAAUAAUUUAAAUCAAUAAACUAAAUCACUCCAA